AGUAGGUAACGAUGAAUCGUCACCAUCUGAUCUUCCGACAACGACAACAACCGUUUCUCUGUUGACCUUGAUUGUCUGAUCUCUGCCAUUGUCUACUUCUACCCCUUCUUUCAGGUUCUAAUUCAGCCCUUGGUUUUGCCAUUCGAGUUUAGAGCUUUCCAUCGUCUACUUCAUUAGGUUCGAUAUUACUCAAGUCAUUGUUCGAUAUUACUCAAAUAAUAAUAAUACCCAUAAUAAUUAGGCGUGGAAGUGUAUAUUGAUGAAGAGAUCUGCUUCAUUAUUAUUGCUUCAAGUUUACGAUCACUCAUUUCAAAACCCAUAAAAAAACCCACAAAUUUCCCACUAAUUUCCUCAGACACCCAAAAAUGUAUCCCUUCAUUAUCUUCCUCCUCUUAUUCCCUUCUCUCUUCAACUCCCAACCCACCAUUUCAAUCCUCCCUCCGGCUCCGGCUCCGGCUCCGGCUCCGAAUACCCACGACCCGACCCAAUUCAACCUCCCGCGCUUGCUUUCCACUGCCGGCUGCACAGCCUUCGCCCAAUCCCUCGCCAAUUCCACUGCCCAAAAGGCCUUCAACGACGUCGUCCAAGGCGGCUUGACGGUCUUCUGCCCAAGCGACGUCGUUUGGGACGACUUUUCAUCCAAAUUCAAAAACCUGACUCUUCCCGCCAAAACCUCGCUCCUCGAAUUCCACGCCGUUCCCAUUUAUAUGCCGUUGCCGGUUCUCAAGUCCAAUAACGGCGUCACCAACACCUUGGCCACCGACGGCGCCGAUAAAUUUGAUUUCACCGUGCAGAAUGACGGCCAGGAUGUAACGAUUUUGACCAGCGUUGUGACGGCUAAGGUCGGUGGGACUGGUUUCGAUGAAGCUCCGUUGGCUAUUUUUUUGGUUGAUUGUGUUUUGGAACCGGAUGAGUUGUUUAGUGUCCAUGCGAUGGCGCCGGCCUCGCCCAAGGUCAAGAGUCGGUCGGAUACGGGGUCGUCUCCGCCGUCCGCGGAAUCUCCUGAUGACUCUCCGGCGGAUCACGACGGCGACGGCGACGGCGAUGGAAACUCUGCGGUUAGAGUUGAUGGUGGGGAGUUUUAUCUGGCAGCUGUAGUUUUGACUACUUGGAUGGGAUUUUUACCGCUGUAAUUGUUUAUUUAUUUAUUUACUGCAAUCAAAAUGCGGAAGAUUUAUGUCUUAAAUU